GCCUGGCUGGCAUGGCGGGAGGGUUCGGGUUCCCGCCUGCCACAGGCGCAGCAGGCAGUGGCAGCAGCAGCAGCACCCUGUCUGGACUGUGCAAGUUCUUUGCUCAGAGCGGGUACUGUGCCCGGGGAGAGUCCUGCCCACAGGGGCCCGCGCGGAGGCGGGGGCAGGGGAACGCCUCCUGGGUUUGGCGGCAGCAGUGCAGGGGCAGCACGGGGGGCGGGAGGUGGGGGCAGCGGGGCGCCCGGAAUGCUGGGCCCUGGUGGGGGUGGCAUGAGGAACAGAAUGGACGGGGCGAGCGGGGCGAAUGGGCUGAUGGGUCCUGGGCCUGGAGCAGGGCUGGGUGGAGGGGAACUGGGCAGUGGGUCGCCACCAGUGGGGGCAUAUUCUGGGGCUGGAGGGUUGAUGGGGGGGUAUGGCGUGGGAGGGAUGGGGAUGGGGCUGGGUUCGGCGCAGCACUCAAAGUACUCGUCGCUGGAUGAGGUGGAAGGGCAGAUGGCUGUCAUUGCCAAGGACCAGCAUGGAUGCAGGUUUCUGCAGCGCAAGUUUGAUGAAGGUACUUCAGAGGAGGUGGCGCGCAUAUUCGUGGAGAUCAAGCCGCACAUGGUGGAGCUCAUGACAGACCCGUUUGGCAACUACCUGGUGCAGAAGGCUCUGGAGGUGUGCAGUGAGGUGCAGAGGGAGGAGAUCCUCGCCAUGGCGACGGAGAACCAGACAGACCUCGUCAGCAUCUCCCUCAACAUGCACGGCACGCGGUCAGUGCAGAAGCUGAUAGAGACAGUGACGAACCCCCAAGCGGUGCAGCGGCUGACAGCCAGUCUGGCGGGUGGCGUGGUGACACUGAUCAAGGACCUCAACGGUAACCACGUCGUGCAGCGCUGCCUGCAGCGGCUGUCUGCACAGCAGAACGAGUUCAUUUUCAACGCGGCGGUGUCCCACUGCGUGGAGAUAGCGUCGCACCGCCACGGCUGCUGUGUGCUGCAGCGCUGCAUUGACUUCGCACAGGGCCAGCAGAAGAACCGCAUCCUGGCGGAAGUCGCCUCCAACGCCCUCGUCCUCUCUCAAGAUCCCUUCGGCAACUACGUGGUGCAGUACGUGUUGGACUUGGGUCUCCCGUGGGCGAUGGAGGAGGUGGUGGUGCGGCUGCAGGGGCAGUACGCCCCGCUGGCGCAGCAGAAGUUCAGCAGCAACGUCGUGGAGAAGUGCCUCAAGCUCGCCCCCGACAACUGCCGCUGCCUCAUCAUCCAGGAGCUUGUCGUCUCACCCCUGCUUGGCCAGCUCCUGCAGGACCCCUUUGCCAACUAUGUGGUUCAGUCCGCACUCACCGUGGCUAAG